GCAAUAGGCUUCCCCGCGGGCAGAGCCCACGUAGGUCUCGGCUGAUUCCAGGGAGGAGGGGGCUGGGGACCUGGCUCUCCGGAAGCUCUUUAUACUUAAAUUUAUAAACAAAUCAUUAGCUUAAGUCAUUCCUUUUUUUUUUUUUUUUUUGGUAAAACUUCAGAAACGGACUUCCUGACUUCAAACUGUAGCCAUUGAGCGCAUAUAGAAUCUCUUACAUUCGCGCUCAAUGUGAAAUGGAUUAUUAUCUUUUCCUAAGCACGUUCUGUUUUCAGAGUAAUCUCGCUAAAAACUAAAGCUCCAGCCAGCCGUAUGUUUCCUCUCCCUAAAAAAGCCUUGAGCGAGUCCUUUCUCUCUACCCAUACCUUUGAGAGCAGGACUGAAAAAUAGACAGGCUUAUGAUUAUGCCUCUAAGGACAAGCUCAUUGUCCUCUAAAGGCAAGCGCCCUUUUAGUUACAAUUUUGGUUGUAGAAUAUCGUUUAUUUUGUAGUAAGUCAUAAAGUGAUUUUUGCAGUAAUACAUUUAUAUUACUCUACUGAUGCACUGACCCAAGGGGUAGUUUUAAACAUUUUUAUUCGUAUGUGUACUUGGACAUAAAUGUGGGUAUAUAUUUAUGUUCAAGCAGCUACAUAGAGCCAUGCUUUGGUUCUGUAUGCUUUAUACUUAAGCAAGUCUCGAUACCUUUUUAUGCGAUUUAAAGAAUGGCCCUGCAAAGACACUGCUGUCAGAUGAGAACACGGGUCCCUAUUGCCAAUUUGCCUGUGGCAAUAUGGACAAGUGUUUAUCAAUUAGCUGGCUUACCCUUAGUAAUGGACCCAAAAGCUUUCCAGGAACUGAACAAAGCUGGUGGAGCAGAAUCAGUACUUGAGGACUGUGCCGCGCCAGCUCGACCAGGUUUGAAUACACGUGCAAACAGGAUGCAGUUGACCAGUGAGAAGCUGCCCGAGGACCCCCUCUCUACCUCUCUAUCCCAGGAUGCUGCCAGGAACUACAGCUUCUUCCAAUGGACAAAGGACAAGACUGACCGUUACAGCCAUGCUAAUUUGGUGGAUCAGGCAUUGCAGAUCUUGAAGGAAAGAAUAGUAAGAGGGGAUGCUAUGGCCUAUUUCCUGCGAGGUCAACUAUAUUUUGAAGAGGGAUGGUAUGAAGAAGCACUAGAACAGUUUGAAGAAAUCAAGGACCAUGAUCAUCAAGCAAUUUACCAGCUGGGCGUAAUGUAUUAUGAUGGGCUGGGGACAGCUGUAAAAGCUGAAAAAGGAGUGGAAUAUAUGAAGAAAAUAGUUGAUUCUCCAUGUCCCAAAGCAAGACACUUACAAUUUGCAGCUGCUUACAACCUUGGAAGAGCUUAUUACGAAGGAAAAGGCAUUAACCGAUCAAUUGAGGACGCUGAGAGACUUUGGCUCUUUGCUGCGGACAAUGGGAAUCCAAAAGCCAGUGUGAAGGCUCAAAGUAUGCUAGGGUUGUAUUAUUCAACGAAGGAACCCAAAGAGCUAGAAAAGGCAUUUUAUUGGCAUUCAGAAGCAUGCGGCAAUGGGAACCUGGAAUCCCAAGGUGCCCUGGGGCUCAUGUACUUCUACGGACAUGGCAUCCAACAGGACACGGAGGCUGCCCUGUACUGCUUGCGGGAAGCCGCGGAGCGUGGAAAUGUCUACGCGCAAGGGAACCUCGUGGAGUAUUACUACAACAUGAAGUUCUUUACAAAGUGCGUCGCCUUUUCCAAAAGGGUUGCCGACUACGAUGAGCAGCAAGACAUCCCGACGAUAGCCCAGGUCACGGACUGUCUCCCGGAGUUCAUCAGCAGGGGCAUGGCCAUGGCCUCCUUCUACCAUGCCCGGUGCCUGCAGCUUGGCUUGGGGACCACAAAGGAUGAAGCAGCCGCUAAACAAUAUUAUUCUAAAGCUUGUCGUCUGGAUCCUGCAUUGGCAGAUGAACUUCACUCUUUACUUAUUCACCAAAGAAUUUAGACCAUAGUGCAUUUCAACAAAGAUCAUGUGUCCUCAUACCUUCAAAUCUUGCAUUUUCUUUGGUGCUGACUUCUGUGGUAUCUUUCACUGAGAGACUGAUUUGUCUGAAGCUUGCAACUGUCCUCACUGUGCUCAGAACUCAAUAUACCGAUUUCUCCACGAAGUGCUAUCAGCUGGAAAUGUAAGUCACUGAAAGGCGGUUAAAGUGCCUGAAACAUCCCGAGUCCUGAGGUGCUGUGGCAGGUCACCCGGGCAGAGUCCUGACCCAGGGACUCAUGGCACGUGCUCACGAGGCUGGAGAAAACACGGGCACCCCUCUCACCACAAGGUGGAGGACCCGAGAGAUACACUCUCUCCAGCCAUUUCCAGUUUCUGUGGGAGUGAAAAUGGGCACGGCAAUAAAAGGCUUUUAUCUGCAACCAGGUCUCCCACACAACCCUGUUUCAUCAGUUAUCAGUCAAUGUCUAACCAAUUACAGGGCUGCUGUCAGGAGACAAGUAACCGUAGUUGAGAGAGCCCGAGAGUGGUUGUUCAUUGGGAAUAGGAAGUCUCUUUGUUGAAAAGGGGGAAAGAAUCAUUUUAUAAGUUAGUGCCAGAAAGACCUGAAAUUUCAAACUCAAUUCAUGAGUAAUAAAUUUAAAAAUCGGACUUACCAACCCGAUUUUUAAAGGGACAAUGUAAGGUUUUGAGACUGCACACAGUAACCAGUCACUACUAAAGUCUCCCCUCCACUGGGAUCACAGUGUUCAUUGUUAGCACCUCUCAUUCCUUAGAACUUAAAUGCAAUGCAUAUCUAGACCAAAUAAAGUAACUGUAUUAACUUAAUGGGCUUAUGAUUUAAGAGAGCCUGCCGCCCCCACCAGCCUAAGAAGAAUCUA